AUGUCGCCGCCUUCGACGAACUCGCCUGGACUCAAUCCACAAUCGACACCAGGAUUUCAGUCGGAAUAUGCGACGGCAGAGGAUGUCCAGCGAGCCCAACUGGAAGACAAACUCGAGCAAAUCUUACAGAGUCUCCUCGAAGUCGGUAUCUGUUCCAGUAAUGUUCAAGAAAACGCACUAGAGGGUGGCGGGACAGGGCGAGGCGAGCCCUUGGGACCUGGAGGCUUGGUAGGAAAAAAGAUAAACGAGUCGAUUGAACACAUGGCUGAGCUCUAUGAGCUGAAUGCGAACAUCACCUCAGAGAUCCCGAUCCCACUCGAAGUCAUCACUCAGAUCGAUCAAGGCUCGAAUCCGGAUCGAUGGCUGAAAUCAUUUGUUGAACGUGCAGCCCACGAAAACAUGUACACCAACGGGAUCCUCUCCAACGUCAAUCAAUACCGAACACUGCUCCAAAGCAAGCUUGCCGACUACUUUCCUGAGCUACACCAGCAGCUCAACACCAAUGACUCCAGCAGUUCAUCGCCCGCCAAGUCCACCGACACCCAAGCCAAUCCUCAAGCUUAG